AUGGCCGACAUCACACUCUACACCUACUUCCGCUCUUCCUGCUCCGCCCGCCUCCGCAUCGCUCUGCACCUCAAACAAAUCCCCUUCACCCCGGUCUUCGUCAACCUCCUGCGCGAUGAGCAAUCCACCCCGGCCCACCGCGCCAUCAACCCCUCAGCCACUGUACCCGCCCUAGUCAUCCAACGUGGUUCCGCCGCCCCAGUAACAAUCCCUCAGUCUCUCGCGGCGCUGGAGUACCUCGACGAGGCCUUCCCCGACAAAGGCCCCACUCUACUGCCAUCGGACCCCGAGUCGCGGGCUCUGGUUCGCACGCUGGCGUCCAUUAUCGCUUGCGAUGUUCAGCCGGUGACGAAUCUCAAGAUCUUAAAGCGGGUUGCGCCGCUGGGCGCCGACCGGGCUGCGUGGUCGAAGGAUUUGAUUGAGGAUGGGUUGCGUGCUUAUGAGGCUGUUGUGAAGAGCUCGGCGGGCAGAUUCAGUGUUGGGGAUCGGAUUACUUUUGCUGAUCUGUGUUUGGUGCCUGCUGCUUGGGGUGCGGAGCGCGUGGGGGUGGAUUUGGGUCAGUUUCCGGUGACUAGCGUGAUUGUGCAGAAUCUGGAGAGUGAGGAUGCGGUGAGAAAGGGGCAUUGGAGGACGCAGCCGGAUACGCCUGAAGAGUUUCGCGUGAGCCAGGAGUAG